GCCCCUGGAUGAUGCUCCCAGCACCUGGAUGAGUUGGUUUGCAGCAGCGUUAACUCCAACUAAGGUGAAUCCUUUUAUUCUCACCACAGGAAUUAGAGGUAUUUCAGAAGAGACAACCACUGGAGUUCAUAACCUGUACAAGAUGAAGGCCAAUGGGACCCUGAAAGUGCCAGCUAUCAACGUUAAUGACUCUGUCACCAAGAGCAAGUUUGAUAACCUUUAUGGUUGCAGAGAGUCCCUCAUCGAUGGCAUCAAACGUGCUACAGAUGUCAUGAUUGCUGGAAAAGUAGCAGUCGUGGCAGGUUAUGGUGAUGUGGGCAAAGGCUGCGCUCAGGCCCUGCGGAGCUUUGGAGCCAGAGUCAUCAUCACUGAAAUCGAUCCCAUCAACGCGCUGCAGGCAGCCAUGGAAGGUUAUGAAGUUACGACCAUGGAGGAGGCCUGCAAAGAAGGCAAUAUCUUUGUUACCACCACUGGCUGCACUGACAUUGUUCAGGGCAGGCACUUUGAGCAGAUGAAGGAUGAUUCCAUAGUGUGUAAUAUUGGCCAUUUUGAUGUGGAAGUUGAUGCAAAGUGGUUGAAUGAAAAUGCAGUAGAGGCGGUGAAUGUAAAACCUCAGGUGGAUCGCUAUACUCUGAGGAAUGGCCGUCAUAUUAUACUGCUGGCAGAAGGUCGACUGGUCAACUUGGGCUGUGCCAUGGGUCACCCGAGCUUUGUUAUGAGCAACUCCUUCACCAACCAGGUGCUGGCACAGAUCGAGCUGUGGACCAAUAGUGACAAAUACUCUGUUGGAGUCCAUUUCCUGCCAAAGAAGCUGGAUGAAGCUGUGGCUGCUGCUCAUCUGGAUAAACUGUGUGUGAAGCUGACGAAGCUGAGUGACAAGCAGGCCAAAUACCUAGGCUUAUCAAGAGAUGGGCCAUUCAAGCCAGACCACUACAGAUACUGAGCAGGUGGCACUACCCAAAGACCAAAGUGCAGGGAUGCAACCUUCCAAAGCUCUUGUGUGUGCUGGGCUUCUGAGAACAAGUGCUUUGCCGUACUCCUCUCAGUGCUGCAGAACCCCUCCCCUUACCAAGGGAGCUUCAGGGCCUUAUUUGUUAGUGAAAGAGGAUCACUGCCUCUUGGAAUUAGAAUUGGUUACUUAGCUAAUGUCA